CUUCCGUUUACAGAGCAUCGUGCAUCCCUCAUCUUUUGGCUAGUGUCCAUAACAUUUAAUGUAAGUUGAUAAGUUAUUUUUAAGUUUGUAAAUUGUUUAUCGCCUAAUAUUUUCAGUUAUAAGUAUAUUAUUGUAUAAAAUUGCAUUAAUUUAUAGCAUUUAAAAUAAAUAAUUAAUGUUAUUCUUUUAUUUGUAAAUAAUCACAAUAAAAAACAAGACUAUCGCGGGAAAAUGACGUUCUGGCUGGACGGAUUCUAUAUGUCCAGCUCAAGAUAGAAUAUAUAAUAGAAUUGUUACAUUAAAGUUGAUUUAAUAUCCGAGUCAUGUAUUUUAAAGCAAGAUAUUUACAGCUUAUUAGAUUAUUUGGUGUAUUGUUUUUUAUUUUAACACCAAACGGGGUAUCUUUUCUUUGUUUACACUGACUACGAUGAUUCAAUAUGGCGUCCUAUCUUUAUUCCUCCUCUCUUCUGUUGUGAUUAUUUGCAUCACGAUGAGUCGACAUUUGAGAAUAAUAAAUAAUAUUGUUUUAAAUUACUCUUGUAAGCUUAUGUUAUUUUGGCUAUACAAUUUAUAUUUACCCUGGCCUAUAAAAAUGUUUUUAUUAAUAAAUUAUAUUUAAUAACACUUUUAUAAUUAUAAAAUUUAAAAACUGAAUGAAAAGCAAAGCUUAGGCCAGGCCCUAUUAUUUAUUAUUUACUGGUAGUGUAGCAUGGCUAGGCCUGUUUAGUCCUAGUUAUAGGAGUUAGCUUCUCCUUCUUAUCUACCGUAUGUCUAUCAUAGUCUAUAGUCUACGUAUGACAUAUUAAGUCAUAUUAACAAUUGAAAAAUGCCUACUUUAGAAGUAGUUGACAUCGGCAUAGGCUAAUAAUUUAACUAAUAAUACUAAAAGUUCAAUCUAAAAUUAAAAUAAAUCAAGUGAUAAGCCUACCAUUGACCAUGGCCACGGUUAAAAAUAAAUGGAAGAUAACUAGCUGGGAUGAGUGUCUUACUUAUUAAUACUUGUCCAUACUCCAUAGCCUAGACGACUAGUAGGGCUAGUUAUAUUGCCAAUAGAUGCUAUAGACAUAGGUUAUUAGCUUGUCACGUAUCACUUAGUCUAGUCUAUAUUUUGUCUCUCAUAAAAAUAAAUGUUCUUUUUUUUAUAAAAUGUAAAACUAACAUAUAAAUCUUCUGAGGUAGUCCUAGCUCCCAUAUUCCAUUUUUUUUUGUUGGCGUUGAAUCUUAAAAUGAAGCCAGUGUAUUUUUCUUUUAGACAAGCAUUUUUUGUUUCCAGGCUGUGUACUGUUCCUGUGAAUAUUUAUGUCAUUCUCAUAAUUUCUCUGGUAUCCUUGAUGAAAUUAUCAGUAACACUCAUCAGCACAUACUGGAAACAAAACAUUCUUUGAUUCUUUUGCCAUAUGAAAAAUCUUUUAUUCUUUAACACAUUUUUGUUUGCAUUUAUGAAUGAAAUUAACAAAUCUUUUUAAAACAGAUGCUGUUUCUUGUACUGUGCAAAACUGUUACAGUAGUCUAGAAAUUCUUUUUAAAGAAAGCGUGACUAAUCUGAUAUAGGCUUCAAACAUGAAUGAUUCAGGUAUGUUUACAAUUCUUGAUUAUUAGCAUUUAAGAUAAUACUUUUGUCUUUCAAAUUUAUAUUUAAAUAUUUUAUAUUAUUUAAACCUCUUGGAGACAGCUGGUCAAAUCUAUAUGCCCAUAUUGUUAUGAUGAUAAAGAAAAAAGGCUGAUCUAUGGCAGGGGCCCAAUAAUAAAAGCCUUGAGACUGGCUGGCUGUUCUUCGUAACAGCUAAUCAGCUUGCUUCUCGCAUUUCUUGCUGAUCUUACCUUUUAAAUGGCAAUUAGCAUUGAUAUUUUACAAUGCUUUGUCUUUGAUAUCAAUUUUUUAUGUACUUAAGAAAUGUGUGACCUUGAAAUAUACCAUCAGCUGUCCCAGGGGAAUAUUUUAUGCAGUUUUUCACAAUGAUUCAUGUUCAAAUAUGUGAUGGGAAUUAUUUAGGCUUCAACAAUCAUAAAAUUUAAGAAAAAUUCUGCAAGUAAGACGAUUUUAUUUGACAUUUUAAAAAACGCUUGCAUAAAUUAUGCAAAUCAUGAUAUCUCAUUGGCCUAAAUUUUGAUAUUUCUGUUUGAUUCAUAAGGAUCAUAUUAGUUUAUUCAAUUCCCUAUAACAAUUUCAAGGCUUGUAAAAACAGCUCUGUCUUUUUGGCAGAGAGUCCAAAAAAGGCUCUGUCUCAAGAAGGUUUAAAUUGUUUGCCAGGAAGUUAAUGCUUGAAAUGGUACGUUAACUGGAGGCUUAGAUAGCAGCAAUGUAAAACAAAAUAAUCAUGCAUAUGCCAUCCAAGUGAUGAGUAAGAAAAAGUCAAAAAGAAAAUAGACUUUAUGGCUGGUACUGAUAGGGUUGUUUUCCAUGGUUGAAAAGCAUGAUUAGAAAAAAUGAUUUUACAAACUAUUUCAAAUGCUUUGAAUCGUAAAUUUUAUUUUCUCAUAUUAUUUUAUUAAACCUCCCCCAAAUCUGUUGUUUAAAUAUCAGUUUUAUAUCCACACAAAAGUUAUGACUGGUGUUUUUAUGUAGACAUUUGGGAACCUUUGUUAGUGUGUAUCCCAAAUCUUUGAUGCAAAAUUUUCUGUCAAUCAUAUUAAAAUGAAUGAGUGAAUGAUGUAUUGCCAGAUUUGACUUACUCCUGUAAUUUUGUGUUGCAUUGUUAAAAGUCUAGAUAGGAAAGUCGUUGACAUGGUGGCCUGAGGUUUUGCCUACUUCAGAUCUAGAUCUGACAGUAUUUUGCUUAUGAAAAUAAGAUGAAGCCCAUCUAAAGUGUUAUUUCAGAUAUUUUUUGGUAGUGGGAUGGCUUCUGAAAUUUGUAAUGAAUUGUUUAUUUUUUAAAGUGCAUUAAGAAAAAUAGAAUAAAAAUUAUAUAUUCUGGUACGGCACCAUCAAAUACUCAAAACUUUAAAAAGUCCCUUUUUAAAAACCCAUUUUUAAAAAUAAGCUCAUCACUAUUCAUACAGAAUAUUGUAAAACCUGCUAUUAAAGGGAUAUAUUAGGGUUCCACUGUAUAAAGAUGAUUUUAUAUGGAACAAUUCUACUCAGUGUUGCCAAAACCACAAUCGUAUGGCUUAUUUUAAUAUGCAUCUUAUUGACAGCGCACUUAAGCGACUGCUUUAAAAAAAUCAUCCUACCUUUUCUCCAACCUUCAGUGAUAUAUGGGGUACCAAAAGACAUUAUCUCCAGCUUGCUCCUUCUCUUUCAUGUUUUUGUCACCUGUCUGCUUGUCUCUUAUUCAAGAUUUUUUUGGGUAUUAGGGCACCCCCCCCCCCCCACCUACUGUUUUUUUUUUACUUCCAGACAUAUCAGUUCUGCUUCAAAGCUGCUUCAUUAUAGUGUCUCAUGUCCAGGCAAUUAAAUUUUUAAGUCAUCCAACUCAAACCGCUUCUGGGAACUUAGUUCACAUUAAAUUUGCCAUCUGAUGCUUAGUCUCUUGCACAGAUGUCCAUUGCCUCCUGUUGGGUGGUUGUUAGAUGUAGCGUUUCUUGGUCAUUGCUACAACAUGAUUACAUUCAUGUCUGCAAAUUUAUGCAGAGCAUUUUCAAUAAAAUGCUUGUGACUCACUUCUAAAUAUCUGGAGUGUACAAAGAAUACAUGACUUAAUUCGGUCAUGACUAUCACAAGAUCUAAAGUGUAUCAUUAGUUUUACUAUCUUUGACUAUUCGUUUGUUAAAUGACUGGUUGCCCACAUAAACACAAUACAUAGGGGGUGUAGACACAAUUGAUACUUGUUAAUAAUAGUUAAUGUUUUUUUGUUUUUUGUUGUUUUUUUUUGGGGGGGGGGGUCAAAAUUGCAUUUUCACACAACACUUUACAAUCAAUACAGGGGAUUGUCACAUUAAAUUUAUUUUGUCCUCAGAUGGGGGGGGGAGGUGGGGGUUAUAAUAGCGUCUUUACGGCAGUGGUUUAAAUAAUUACCCCCCCCCCCCCAACCGCCGAUGUUGUAUUACUUUUUAUGUCCCUUGUAUUGUUUUUUGGAAAGUCUCUUUUUUUUUAAACUUUAAAAUAGUAAUGUUCUCCCCUCCUGUGAUGAUCGAAUCUUAUGGGUUAUCUAUUGAAUCACUCUUUAACAAAGCCCAUCAAAUUGACUGAACAUUAGAUACCGUUUCCGCUAUUAAAUCUAUUAUCAAUUCUCCGAUAAGCUUGUUUCUGAUUUUAACAGCUCUCACUUUCAGCUCCAACUCUAUAGCGGCAUCAGACAAUUUCUUCCUUUAUUUUUGUCCAGUCCCGAAUUGAGAAAAUCGUUCAUGGGUUCGGCCAAAUUUGGGGGGAAAGAACCACAUUGCUAAGCCACUAAGGAUGCAUCAGCGUCGCUAUGGCAACGGGCGGUUUCACGUCAAAUAAAACCGCUCCCGUCUCCUCCCUUUCUCUCACGUCUACGUGGCCCGCGAUUUGUGAGCAGCACUGGGCUUUUGAGACAUUCGGGUAAUGAUUGAAAUUUCGGGGUGGGGGGGGGGGGGGCUUUUUGUUUGGCUGGGUUGCUUUUUUUUUUUCCCUUUUUUUUUUUUUCUUUUUUUUUUUUUUUUCCCUUCUUCUUCUUUUCUUUUUUUUUUUUUUUUUAACCCGGGGUGUGCAGAGGCAAGUCCACCCGUUUUUUUACUUGUCUUUAGAGAGGACGCGUAGUCGCAAGCAAAGAAAGACAUGACGUGCCAAUGGAGUGGGGGUGAACAAUGUGUUAUUUAUUUGGGUUGUUGGUACAUACAGCUUAGAUCCAAUAAUCUAUUCACAAACAGUCUUGAGUGGAGUUUAUACUUCCUUGCAUUAUAACGGCACAUGUGAUGAUAUAAUGGGGCUUUAUUAUCUCUCUUUUUUUAAUUAAAGGAAAAAGUCACUAAAAUAAUGUGUGAUGUCUUAUAAUAACAUCUUUUCCUGUUAAACCUGAUGUCAUUGGUUUCAGAUGUUUAACUGUGUGUAUCCCCGCUUAAAGUUUCGUACAUUUUAACAUAUGAAUCGGCGAUGAUAACGAUGUGGAUAUUUUCGCAGCCUCGGUGAAAUAAAAUGCAAGUAACAUUUUACAAUUGAAAGAGAUUGCAAAGUUUGUGAGUUGUGUGUUAAUAUAAAAAUAAGCAAAUUGUUUGAUCUGUCCUGUCUGCUGGUGAAGGCUCUUAACCAUUCUUGUCUCAUUGUCCUGUUUCUUAAUUCAAGCUUCCACAUACCCUGUUUCACUAUAUCAUAUAUCCUUGAAUUGUCUGGCAGUUGUGUGUGUGUGUCUUGUAAUUUUAAUUAUUCCAAGGGCUUGGAUUCAAUUAAUCUUUCGUCAUCAUUCAAGUUUUCAUCGAUGUUUGAGAGUGAGGAACACCAACCUUAUUCUUCAGGAUGAUCUCGCAAGUCUUAAACUUGUUUUAUUGCACUGACUUGGAGCGAUUUCUGUCUUUUCGUCUAAAGAUUGGGUUUUGUCAAAAUGAACACAUUAAGUUCUUGUGAAGCCUUUAUCCGGACAUGUAUCGUUGUGCAAUGUUGAUGUGCCCCACAGUUUGGUUGUGAUUUACGUUUCCAUGGUAUUUUCUUAAAAUGAAACCCGACCGACUCGUUCGAGUGAAAUCUGCUGCUAAAUUAUACGAUGCUAUUUAAGAGCACUUACUGCUGGUUACAACCCCCCCCCCCCAAACACUCACAUGACGGUCGUGGCAUCUCGGCCGACGUGGGUUAGUUUAUGCGUAACUAUGGUGAUAGUUUGUGCAUCAUUUCCAUGGUAUUUUCUUAAAAUGAAACCCGACCGACUCGUUCGAGUGAAAUCUGCUGCUAAAUUAUACGAUGCUAUUUAAGAGCACUUACUGCUGGUUACAACCCCCCCCCCCAAACACUCACAUGACGGUCGUGGCAUCUCGGCCGACGUGGGUUAGUUUAUGCGUAACUAUGGUGAUAGUUUGUGCAUCGCUUGUCAUACUGUCAUGUCUGCCGGUAUCUUCACAGCCUGGGUUAUUGUUUGUCCGGCAGUGCUCAGCUAUACAUUACUUCGCCCGAGCAAUAACUUUGGGAUUGUUCCACGUCCUUUUAUCACGUGUGCUACCAGGAGACAAUUUACAGUUGCGAAGCGUUUAUAUAUGGUCCACCAGUAAUUGGAAGUUAGCUUCUAAUUAAGAAAAAUUGGUCUAUUUUGUUGAGGACUGAAGUAUAAAUUUGAUGUUACUGUACCUGCACGGUGGAUAUUAUUGCAAUGUGUCUCUCUACUUUCUCCGUAAGUAAUUGUGUCUUUGUUAUCUGGAUGUGAGGUAUUCUCUUUUAAAAUUACAUUUUUGGAUAGGUGGCUUAACAUAAGAUGAAACUCAAAGUGGUUCUGUGGAUCAUGUUAUUCGUGUUCUUUACGUGCUGAUAGUUGUCAGCAAUCCAGAGCAUGAAAGAGAUGAAACCAUUUAAGAUAACUGCUAUCUACGAGAGGGGACAGAGAUCCAUGACCAGCGAUUGUGUCUCCCCCACCGCCCCCCCCCUUUUUUUUUUUUCGUUCCCAAAUGACCGCUAGACACGAGAAGUCAGCCUGGAUGUGAGCAUAGUCUGUUUCUGAUUCAUCCGUGGGACAGUUGGCGGGGGGGGGGUGUCACAUUAUUUCCGCUGUUUUGGCAAUAUGGGGGUGGGGGCGUUUAUUUUUAAACCAAGAUUUUUCCCAUUAAAUUUAUAAUUUGACAAUACACCACUCUUAUUUAACUUAACCUUAAACGGGUAUGCUUUAAUUCCCAUUGAAUAAGGCUUUCGGACCGACAAAUGUCAAGAAGUUAGAUGUGAGGGGCGCGAGCCAGCUGUCGCAAGUGUUGUCAUGGAGACGGACGCUUUCCUGUUGGAUUUUUUUUUUUUUUUUGGGUCUGUGUGGGCUGGCCUUAUUUUAUUUGAAGACGUGCUGCGUCUGUGUUGGGCAUGCUCUUGGUGGCUGGUGUGGGACCACACGAUUAUUUAAUAAACACCGAGAGGAUGACGAUUGGGUUGGGGUGGAAAUUGUCUCCCAUAACUACGGUUAAACGACCUAUAAUUGUGCUUUGACCUAGUUGUCUGUCUGCCAUUGAUGCCAACAUACAACAUUAUCUUUUUUUUUUCUUUACAUUUUUAAUUAUAUGCAUGUGGGCUAUGUUGAAUUGUCCAUUAGAUGACCUCAUUUGACAGAUACAAAAAAAUGAAACUCUUUUGCAUACAUGGUGUCUUGCGUAAAUUGUAUUUCUUCUAAGUAUGCAUACUGCGUAUCAUUAUGUGUAUGCCUAUAGUAUAAGACUUAAAACUAAAACUAUUAGAAGUGUACGUUUGUCAAAAUACGCUUUGGCCAUAAUUAUAAUUUAUUUUGCUAAUUUUCGUAAGAAAAAAAAUACAUUUUAGUACUUCAUAACCUAUGAUAAUAUUAAAAAAAAUUGAAGAGCAGAAAUCUUGCAAAAAAAAAAUUUGAAUACAAAAUUCUUUUACCUUUAUAACAAUGCCCUCCCCCCCCCACCCUUAAUUAAAAAAAAAAAAAAAAGGAUAAAUCACCCCCUUCGCGUUAUAUAACAUGUGCAUGGUCCUUAGAUUUAGAAUGUUUAGUGGACCAUCGGCCGAGACGCCACUGUUCCAUGUCCAUGGAUAUGUGUAACUACUUAAAACUAAUCGUUAACCUAAUAGAGAACACACGGAGGGGCCAGUCUGUCCACUGUCACGUUUACUGUACAUUGUUUAACAGCCGAGCAGCUGAUAGACGUAACCUUAGAGUGGAAACAUUUCAAGCGGAUGACCCUUGAACUUUCCUCUCGUUCCAAUUCGCACAAAGAGCUUGUAUAUUGUUGGCUUGACAACACGGAAAGCCGGCGUAGCGAUUGGUUGGGCGGUCUCAGUGUAGUGUUAAAGGAUGCGGGAUGGAGGAGGCUGGGUCUAUUUUGGUUGCCAUGUUUACAAAAGGCUUUUCCUCCAUUUCCCCUCUAAAUAUCGUGAGCCCAAACGUUAAAUAUAUAGAUUUUCACAGGAUUCGUUGUGGGGUUUACCUAAACAUGUGCCCCAUGUGUACUGAAUUGAGACACGUGCACUAACCUGAGACAGCAAUGCAAUUGUUUAUCCCGAAUUUGGGGGCAACAAAUGCCCUGCAUAACUUUGUCAUGACAUAAAGUCAUCUGAACCCGUCCUGCCUAGUGUAGCGUUUGGCGUCUGCUCGGGCGGUUAUCUUGGGGAGGGGGGGGGGCGUCUCUCAGUUGUCCUAUCAUAUCUAAUAUGCAAUAUUAUUGAAUAGAUAAUAGAAUAAGUUAAAUUCGUCCAUAGAAGUAAUUCUUUUUAUUAUUUAAGAAUUUUUUUAAUUGUAAAGAAAUCACCUUCUUCAUAUAUACUGAUACAGUAAAUCAACUAAUAUUUUAUCCAUGUUCAUUAUGCAUUAGAAACGAUGAAGAGAAUGCUUCUCAAGUUCCUUUUUGUGGAAAUUAGUCAUAAAUUUAUAAUUUAUAUGGUAUUUUAUGGUGUAAAAGGGUUGCAGUUACAUUACACCUCUCCUUCAGUCCAAAAAUAGACAUUACCUAAGCCUAAACCAUAGACAGUAAUUAAGAACCUAGUGCUAAAAGUACUUAAGUCAUCAUUCUAAAAUGUGACCUUUUCCUAUCCGUUAACCAAGUGUACCGGUACUGCAUAAAUUUGAACACAUUAAAAUGUGCCCUUAAUUAAACAAGACAAAAUAUGGCAAUGAUCACAUUUUAUAGAGGAAAAUAAUAUUUGAACUUGAUUAUCUCAAAAUGUGUAUUUUGUGACUUAGUACUUUUAGCACCAAGACCUUCAAUAUAGAUUGCUCAAAUAAGUUGUUGGUUUUUGUGUCAACAAACCUAUAGAUGUAUAAAUAGUUUACUAAAAAUAAAAUUUGUUGUUUUUCUUUAGGCUGUGAGGACACAGUACCAACAAUGGUACCUGUGUGCAAGCUGCCAGAUGAAAGUGAUGCCUCAAUGAGGGCUCGUCUGUUUACAAGUCUUAGCCAGAGCUUCCCACACAGUCAGCUAUACAAAGCACUUCAUGGGGGUGAGGACAUAAACCUCAAUGGUGGGGACAAUUCAGAGGACGACGACGACAGCUUGUAUGGGGAUCAUCUCUCCAACAGCUGCUUUGCCUCUUUACGAAUGGAUCGCCGGGACAGUGAUGACUUUGAUGAUGACCUCCAGUCACUAGAAUGGCUCCAGAGUGAAGAUUUACUUAAAAACAUUGGUGGGGAGAAAUUAGAUAAAGAUGAAGAUGAUAACGAAGAGCAGAAAGAAAAUGAAGACAUUAAGCCAGACAUAAAUGCCCUGCAGGCUGUUACUGGGCAGCAGCCAGCCACUAUUCCUUACCUCCCACAGAAGCAUGUAAACAGUAAACCACCGUACUCAUUUUCUUGUCUCAUAUUCAUGGCUGUGGAGGCAUCGCCUCAAAAGAGGCUUCCUGUAAAGGAUAUAUAUAAUUGGAUCUUGACGCAGUUCCCAUACUUCCAGAAUGCUCCCACUGGAUGGAAAAACUCAGUCAGACAUAAUCUAAGUCUCAAUAAAUGCUUCAAAAAAGUAGAAAAAGACAAAGGGCAGGUAUGUAGCAUCUAUUUAAAACAUAAGGCAUGAUAAGACCAAGUACUAUUCUCAAUUUUCAUUUGUUUGAUGAGUAGGUCAAAGGCAAAGUUGUCCAAAUUUGUCCAAUGUUUAAAUUAGAUUAAAUUAUGUAACAUUCAGGCUAAAGUAACAAUUUACUCUAUUUCAAAUUUAAUGUCUAACUUCCAUUCAUAAAAUAAGUCUUCAACACUUGAUAUUUAACAACAAAGAAUGUUUACUUCUUAUUUGUAUUGUUAUUAUGAGAAACUUUGUUCAAACAAAAUUAUGGUAAUGAAUGUGAACAUGAUUGAAAGCAAAGACACUACAUGUCGAUUGCAUAAAGAUAUUUAUGUUAUCAAUUAUGCAACACCAAAAAAGGUCUGUCUGUGAAUCUGUUCUUGUUGGGAGCAAGCUGUUAUUGAAGCACAUGGAUAGUUAUUGCUUUUAAUUUAACAAAUUCCUGAAAUCAUUUCCUUUUAAAACUAAGAUUUCACUCUUCUAACUUUGAAAUACAUAUUUACAUAUGUUGAAGUCCCUAUAGUACUGAGAUGGACCACUUGGUGUACAUUAUCGGAGCUCAUUCCCUCAUAGAUGUUAGGGCUUACUUCUCUUGGUGUUUUAAAAUAUAUCUUUAGAAACUAGGGUUAAGACAAAGACCAUUUUUAAUCACAAACCAUUCUAUGUAUGCAUUAAUCAUACACCGUUAAUAAAAUCAUGUAUUUUUACAGCUCUGUUUGCAUAGGUCGGGUGGGAUUUUUAAAGUGGAAAUUCUGUAUGGCUAGGUUGGUAGAUUUGCUUGCAGUGUAUAUAUCUAGUGUGAUUGUCACAAUAUUAUUUACUUCUGUCCUUUAAAUCACGCAUAAAUUGUAUUGUUCUGCUGUGGCGUAGCUAGGGAGAUUCGGACUGCACUGGGUGACACCAUCUCAGGGGGUGACACCAAAUUGAAAAUUGCAUAUUUACAUAGCACACUUAAAAUAAUAAAUGAUCACACAUACGGUGUCCACAUACAGAGUGGUAAAAAAAAUGAGAACAUCUCAUAGCAAAAGGUUAUUAAAUAUAAUUGAAUAAAUAUAUUGUUUUGUCUGUUAUCGCCACCGGAAAUUGUCAUGAUAAUGAUGUCAUUUAGUUAUAUAGUACAUAAAUUAAUCAGUAAAUGUAGAGGCCUAUACCUAUAGCUAACAAAUGUUAAUGUAAUUAUAUGACAUUGUAAGAGAUGUUAACACUUUUUUUUUUGGGGCCACCCCGUAUAUAACUAAUCCUAGAGGCCUUAAGAUUGUUUCUGCACAAGAAGUGCUGUCACUUGGAAAAUGCUUUGAAAAGGCCCUUCUAAAAUAAGAACCUACAUGGCAUUUCGUUAGAGCGAAGAUUGAACUUCAUGAAGAGAUUGGCAGGAGAACAAUUAAUAGAUGCUGGACAAGAAGAAAACUUAGGGAGAGUGUAUUGAUAGCUUUCAUUCUGAACGUAAGAUCAGAUCAGCAGUGAUCAAGGAAGUAGCCGCUAUGUUUGGGGCUGUUCAACCCAAGAGUCUAUAUGCUAUCAGCAAGUGACGAAGAGUUAUUUUUUUCCGUUCCAAAAUUAACCCCUUUCUGUGAUGAAUUAUCAGAACAUGAACUUUUAAAAGAAAUACCAAGGCUUAUAAGACACCUAAAGGCAGCUGAUAUUGAAGUUCACAAAGUCAUGGACUGGUCAGUAUUUGAUGUUUUGAAAUUCAUAGCUAAAUGGUACUUUCUGCAAUCUCUUCUAAUAUUCUCGCUAAGCCUUCAAUUGUUUCUUACAAACCGUGUGUCUGUGGCUUCAUGGCAGCGGAGCUUUUCAAAACUAAGACUUAUCAAGAACUAUUUACGAUCCACCAUGGGACAGUCAAGGCUUUUUGAUCUUGCUCUACUAUCAAUUGAAAGUGAUACGGUGAAGUAUAUUGAUCUUUAUAAAGUGAUGGACAGGUUUGCAGCUUUGAAGACGAGGAAAGGAAAAUUUUAAUUAAAUUUAAUGUAAAAACCACUAUAACUAAAUGUUGUUACAUUUCUUAAAUACAUUUACCUCCUGACCUUCUAUUAGUUUCUUUAUUUUCUUGUUAUUGUUGCACUGUGGACUUAUUUAACAAGUAGAUAUCCAUCAUGAAAGUUGGGGUAAAGUUUAGGGGGGGGGGGAGGUGUAACACCAUAAGUUUGCCGCACCGGGUGACACCAGCCCUAGCUACGCCGCUGUUGUUUUGCUUUUACCAAUAACAUUAUGUGUUUAGAAAGCUACUUUUAAAGUAAAAUUAACUUUUUGUGUGGGAUACCUUUUUAAGAGUAACAAUUUAUUUCCUCGAAUAAUGAUGUACUGAAUUUUUCUUACCUUAUUAUUGUUAAUUGCAUUUUGUUUCAGGAUUAAGAAUGUUUCAUUCAUCACAGCUUCUAAUUAUCAAUUUAAAAAAUGCUUCACUUGUUUUUUUUUUAUUUUGCAUACUAUAAACUGCACAUUAACCCUGGUUUAUGAGUAGGUCACAUAGCCUGCUUCCCCUCUUCACUCAGAAAAAUUCAGUUAUUUGCAAUUUUUUUUUGAGUGAAAUAUCUUUUUUUGUUUGUUUGUACAACCUUAAAAGACAGAAUUUCUUAUUUUAAUCUAUAUCUAUAUCCAGAGUAUUGGAAAAGGUUCACUGUGGUGCAUAGACCCAGCCUACAGGCCGAAUCUGCUCCAAGCAUUAAGGAAAACUCCCUAUCAUCCUUACCAUCAACUCCAGAUGACUUCCACUCAACCACAUAGCUGUAUUCAAUAUCACAGUCUUCCAGGGUAAGAAGAUGUUUACUCAUUAACUUUUUCAACAUUUGUUAGGUAUUUUUGUACAUGAUGGUAAAUUUCAUUUUGUGUUUCAAAGGAUGCCAUUUAAAUGUGCCAUUUUUAUAUAUUUUUUUGGUAUCUUUUUCAAUAUGUUCAUCUACACAUUCUUGAAUAUUACAUUAAUUAUUGAUGACCUCUCUUAUUUCAGUGGAGAUAGAAUUGUUCUUCCAUUGACCCAAAGGCCAGUACCUAAUACAGUUUCUCCACGUAAGUUUUAUAAAUUGUAAAAAUUUUACUUGAUAGUCAAGGGAUGCUCACAUAAAUGUGUGUUUUUCUGUGGUUUAAAAUUAUAGCGUAAAUGAUAACAUAUCAUUAUCAUUGCCUGUCUCUCUCCAGGCAACCCGUUCUUGGGCAAGUCUCCCCAGUUGUGCCCCUCUUUUUGGUGUCUGCCUCUAGUUCAUUUUCAUCUUCGUGGCCUGAGUAUAGCAGCAGUUUCUCUGUGCUGAGCUCUAUCUGACCUGAUCCUGUCCAUCGGGGCUCAUUUAUUCCUAUAAUGGCUAGUUUGUAUAUCUGCAAUUCAGCAGCAACUUGGACAGUUUUUCCAGUUUCGAACAUGGUCCUUAUGCUGGUGGUGGUCCUAGUGGAGAGGAUGGUUUCCAUUUGGCUUUGGCCACCCAGCUUCAUUAAUUCUCUGUCAGGAGACCCAUUCUUUCCAAGGUCCGAGCUUCCUUUUGAAAUCUUUGUUUGUGUUUUUCUAGCAGGGCUUUUUAACAGGGAAGGGUUGCUAGCCCAUGGCCCAACCCUCCUUUCUCACCGCGGCUAGUGUUUUUCUUUUAAAAAACAAGUAUAAAUCUAAGUCAUGCAUCAUCUGUUUCAAGUACAUUCUCUCUUUCCACAGAUCUAUUUCCAUUUUUAAGUCGACGGCUUGCACAGACAUCUAUUGAUGUUGGUAAGUUUAAAAAAUUAAUUAAUUUAUCAUUGAUUCCUAUGUGACAUUAUAAAAAUUAAUUUGAUGCCCAGUAAAGGGGAUGUUGCGGUGUAUAAAAUUAAAAAUAAACUUAAAGUUUUUGAAAACUGAAGAAUGACACCUCAGUAAAAUAAUACCCUAGUGAUUGUUACGUUGAGAAUAAAUUCCUGCUUGAAUUAAUCUAAUACUGAAAAGUCUACCCAAAGAAAAGCUUUCUGACUCUUCAUGCCUUAUUGAUUACCCCAGUCAAAAGGUAAAGUGCUAUAAUGCUGAGCUGUGUCAUGCAAUUAUUCCACCCUUCAGUAUUGUCAGCCUUCAUAACAUUAAUUUUCUAUGUAACUCACAGCACUCUUGUUAACACUUUUAAAUUAGUCAAGUAUUUUUCAGUGUUUGAAAUGUCUAUUAAUCCCCCUGAGGUGUUUACAGGAAUUAUGUUCCGUUGUUUAUUAUGACCUGCUACUGUUUGUCUGAUUGAAAGGAACUGUUAGUAGGCAUUAGAACUCUGGGAUAAAUAAAAGUUGUCUUGUUGUCACUGUUGCAGUGAUAGUGGUAGUGCAUAAUUUAUAAACAUUGCUGCAAAGGAAAUAAUUAUUAAAAGAUAAGAUAAGUCAAUUGAUUUAUUCAAAUAAAUGGAAGUGUUUUUUUUUUUUUAUAACAUUGUACAUAUUAGUUUUCAGCACAUAAAUAAAUACAUAUUUUAACCAAGACAACAUUUUGCAAUUGUAACACUUUAAACACGAGACAUCUAGGUUAAAAAUCAGCCAUUAAUGAACGCCCUUAUAGUGAUAGUGGCAAUAAUGACUUAAUUAGAAAUCAUUUAGAUUUGGAAACCGCUGGUGCAGCAGGCUGGUAAUUUCGUACAGACAGGGGAAUAAAAGAAUUGUUAAAUCUUUUGGUCCAAACUUUAAGAGAAAGAAUUCACCCUGAUUCGAACUGAUCUUAGUUAUCUGUGAUGAAGAGGGUGGCAUGUAUCAUCCAAAAAAAUUUUAAGUUUUACAUCAGCAUUUUUCUUCAAAUAGUUCUUCCUGUUAAGGAUGUUUUGUUUGAGUGAUAUUACUAGCUUUCUUAUUAGUCUAUUUAAUCUGUGUUUGAUGUCAGAUGAUGAAUUCCCACGCCAGCAGGUAAUACUGAAGUUUAGUAGGCUUCCCAUUGUUCCACUGUAGAAUAAAUUUUAACUGUUUUGUUUACGCCUAAAUUGUACAAUUUUUUAAAAUGGAAAAGUCUUUGUUUAACUUUUUGAUACAGAAUUUGACUGUGUUCAUGCCAUUUUACCUUAUUAUUAACGGUGACACCUAGGAACUACUAGCUCUAUACUGUGAUUUUUAUUGUCAGAUGUACAAUUAAGUGAUUCCCCUUCCCGAAAUUGACAACCAUUUUUUUUAUUUUUGAGAAUUCAACUGAAGAAAAUUUGCUUAGCACCCACUGACAAAACUUGUAAUUAAGUUGCAGUAUAAUCUUUCCCCUUCAGAUAUUAAUCCAAUAAUGGAGGUAUUGGUAAAUUUAAUGAUUGGAACAGUGUUGCUUGGGCUCUGAAUAUCAUUAUUACAUAUAUUGUAUUAUACAGGACAGAAAUAUGUUUUAAAAAACAUUUAAAGAACUCUUUUUACAAUAGAAUCUUCAGUCUUUUUUAUGGUCUUUUCAGCAUUAUAUUAAGUCUUUUUUUUUUUUAACUGAAUAGUAUGAAAAUUAAAGUGUGCCAGUGUCUCAUACCCUUUUUUUUGUUUACACAUCUGCAAAACGGAAAUAUGUUUUAAAAAACAUUUAAAGAACUCUUUUUACAAUAGAAUCUUCAGUCUUUUUUAUGGUCUUUUCAGCAUUAUAUUAAGUCUUUUUUUUUUUUUUUAACUGAAUAGUAUGAAAAUUAAAGUGUGCCAGUGUCUCCUACCAUUUUUUUUGUUUACAAAUCUGCAAAAUAAUGCCAUGUAAUUUAUUAUUAAAAUUGUUGUCUCCAUUCAUGAUUUUGACAUACAUUUUUCAUUAAGAUUCAUUAGAAGAAGUUCAUCACUAUUCUAGUCUGAACAUGUUAUUGAAAUAAAACUGCAUUUUAAAAAUACAUUUUUAUCAUGAACACUUGCUGUUGGUAAGAUGGCUUGUAAAACAUGACCAAGUGACUCUAUCUAUAUUCAAUGGGUAAAAGAGAGAUGGAAAAAUUAAAAAUAGGCCAAAGAACAAAACACAGGGUCAGGACACAGCUUGUUGGUGCAUGAAAUGUUAGCUGAAGGUAGUUGUUUUGGCAAUAGAGAAGCCCACUUGACUACUGCUAGUCAUGACUUGAACAGAUUUAAACUUGUUGUUUUUCUAUCAUCAAGGCUGAAUUAGUUUUAAUUUAGCCCCAAGUUUGGCAGUAAUAUCUUAAUAUUUAGUUCUUGCAUGAAUUCGUCAUUAACUCCAGCCCUGUUCACUUUAUUUAUAUUAUGAAAAUAGAAGUAGCGGUAAAUAAAAUCUCACUAACUGACAGGCUUAAUACAAAUAGGGUUAUAAUCUGGGAGCUGGUUAUUAAUCAUCCAUGAGUGUCAUUUCGACCUGAGCACUUAAGCUGUUAUAUUUAAUUUAGGAAGGGUAGUUGGGGACCUACGGUACUAAAAAAUGCCUGUUGACCUAAUGUAGGAAGGUAAUGAAGUUAAACUUCAAAGAAUUAUUUCCAGUUAAAAUACCAUUUCUGUUGUAAAUUUCUUUCUUUUAAAUAUCAAGAAAAAGGGGAAUUUUACAAAUUAUUGUUAAAUUAGCUUUUUUUAAAAAAUGAUGACUAUUUAAAGUCCCUACAAAAAUUACUUCAGACUGCUAUUAUGAAUCCCAUGUCUAUUUGAUCUUGACCACAUUAUAUAUGAAACAAAGAGCAUAGGGGUCAGCCAACUCAGUAUGUUUGAAGUCCAUUGCUCUAAGCCCAAAAUGUAAAGAAGCAAAGUAUGAUUUAUGUACAUAUACAUGUUUUGUUUAAUACUAUGUUUUCCUUCCUAAUCCUCACCAAUAAUAAUUCUAUCCAUCCACAUGGUUUUAUCACACAAUUUCUGUCAUUAUUAUUGAUUGCAUACAGCUGAAGUUUACACAUUGUUAUUGUAUGGAGUUCCAACAGUGAAGUCUUUUUUAUUGAUUGGUUAACAACUGAGCCAUCCUUUCCCCCAUCCCAGACCCCACCCCCCAACACUGCCUAACCUGUAUGCUCAUUGUUCAUGUGGCUUCUCCCCAUAUCUCUGUAGUCACACAUUUAUUGAUGAUGCCAUGGUUACUGGCAAUAAUGUCUUCCAUACAAAUGGAGUGAUUUAACACUUGCCUCAAGUGUAAGCUUGUGAACAGUAAAAUGAGUAUCAUAUCUUUCAGAUAGCCUACUACAAUUUUGGAAUGUUGAAUAAAAUAAUACAUGUCAGGUGUUGAAUUCUCCAAGUUUGAUAAUAAUGUUCACUGAUAUGUUUGUAGCCUAAAUAUCCUAGAAAAGGCUCAGACCUGACCUUUGAAAUAAUAUUAAAAAUUACAAUGAUUGCAUUAAUGAUCACAAUUAAUCUGAUAAAAUGGUAAUGAUUAUUGUCCAUCUGUUAAUCAUUUAUUGUUCAUUUCUUUAUUAAGAUAUCAUGAACUGUCAAGAAAUAUCCCUUUCUUGACAUUUAUUUCAAGUCAAGGGAAUUUAGCGCCCCCCAAUCCCUUUCCUAUCAGUGUCAGAAGUAGUAUUUUGAAUUAUAAUAAGAGGGGAACGAAAUGACAUUGGAUUGUGGAGGUUUGUUCAGUGAAUACUUUUUAAACUCCUUGAGCUCUAUUGUUGACUGCACCCAACAGCCACCUUACACUGCAGUCUGAGUCAAUACGGAUCUAUAAUAGUGUACUCAACUGUCAACUGUUGUAUUGGCUUUGAAUUUUUUUUAUUUGAAAGCACUUCAGUCAGUUGCUGCUAAAUGUCAGUCUGCCACACACACAUAUUAUACAUACAUCCACAUACACGCACAAGUAGGUGUUUGGUUAGUAUGCUUAAAUGAAAGCUACAUUUUUUGUUUAAUAUUUAAUGUAGAAAAAAAUUAUUAUAUUUUUUAGACAAUGAAAUGAAGGAUGUUGCACAAACUCUUGUAGCCUUGAAAAGCUCCCAUAAGAUGGGUAAGAAUACCUUUACACUUCCACUGGUUUAAUAAAAACUCAAUCUUAUCCAUUUUAUUUAUCUAGUUUCUUUUUGGAUUUGAGUUUUUUUAAUAUCAUAUUAUACAUUUCUUAACUUUUAUUAUUUGCUUCCCAUAAAUCAUUUCACCAUUAAAUACACAUUUAAGUCUAUAGUUGAUUAUGUCUUUGAAAUGUUUUGAGGAAAAAAUAUAUUUUUUUUAAGAGACCACAUGCAAACAAAUCAAAAAAUUUUAUUAUUUCUUUUUAAAUAUCUGCUUUUAUUUUUCUUCAAUUGUUCCAUAAUUAAGACAUCCAAUGCUCAUAAUGUUUAAAGAGAUGUUUUAGUGUUCAUCCUUUAAAUAGGUCAAUCAUAAAUAUAUUCAUAUGUAUUGAUUGAUAUCAAUAUAACUCUCUUUUUUUAUCUUUUUUUAAGGACUCACUGAUAGUUCAGCAGGUGAAGAUAUUGGUCCAACAUGGAAACACCAUAAAAGAUCAAACAGGUAGAAUAUUAAUCUCUUUUAAUUUAGAUUGCUAAAAAAAGUUAAUUGUAAUUAUUCUGAACUGUGAAAUAUUAAAUAUAAAAUUAUUUGUAAUGAAUGUAUACACAAAAAUUCACUUAACUUUUUCUCAGCUGCAACAAUACACGAAGGAGGUCAUCCAGUCCUGUGGUUGUCACUGACCAUCCAUAUGAUGACCAUGCUUACAGUUCCUCAAGGUUGUUUGAUGACGAUUUACCAUCUCCUUCUUCCUCAUCCUCAAUUGAUGAAGAGUAUGACUUUGGUGAUGCAGGUGAGUUUUCAUUGACUUGAUCUGUAUUAGUUAAGAUCUAUCCCUUAUGUGAACUGAUUGAUCUGAUAGCUCUCUUUGGCUGGAUUUAUUGGUUUAAAGGAUGACAUCCACAAAGUAAGAGAACUGUUGACUUUGCCAAUAUAAAUAAAAGCUUUUAUAAAACACAACAUUUUUUUUCAUUUAUGAACAGGAUUCUAACAGCGUCUCAUCUAAACUUAUAAACGAAAUCUUUAACUUCAAUAGAUUAGAAAUAUUGUAUAAAGGUAUUAAAAACUAAUAAAAAUUAUAGCUUUUUUGAGAAGGCUUUAAGGAUCCAUUUCUGUUAAAUAAACACACACAUAAAAGUACCUCAUUGAUGAUUUAACUAAAUGAUAAAUUUUACUGUGACGGUAAGAUCAUAAUUGCCAAUUAGUUAAAUCUUGACUAGCCCAUAAGUUAGACUUGACUAGCCAAUAAGUUAGACUUGAGAGACAAUUAAGUUAACCCUGAACAGCCCUCAUAUUAGAACUUGAAUAGCUUUUGUGUUAGAUUUUGACUAGCCAAUAAGUUAGAUCUGACUAAAGAUCAUGUGUGGCUAAAUUUUCUUAAGAAAAUAACCAAAGAGUUGAUAGACAGUGUUAAUGAUGAGUGAGUUUAACCUUCCUCAUGUUUCAGUACUCUCAUACUUACUGAGACAUACUGGGGACACCGCUGAUGAGCUGUUCAAACAAUUGGACUGCUCUGAGCUCUCUUUUCCUAUCAGUGAUCAUUUUUUCUGUCCACAUAGUAAGAGUUUGGCACAGUUAUUAUUUUGUGAAUUAAACUUCUCAUUGUUUAUUUGCUCCUUUUCAAAAUUAUCAAUUUUUUGUGUGUGAAAAUUUAGUUCAGUUGAUUUUAAAGAGUUUUAAACAUAUCUCAGUUAUCAAUAUUACAUGAAAUUGAUUUAAAACAAAUGCUGAUGGCUUCUUGCAAGGCAACUUUGUCAGCCAAAAAUAUUAAAAUUUAAUAAAUAACACCAAUAAAAACAAUGUAUAAAUGGCACAGUAAAGAUUACAGUUAGUAUGUUGGCAUCACAUUUAUUCCCUCAAUUAAUUUUGAAUGCACUGGCAGAAGAAAGUGAGAGUUAAAAAGGCAAAACUUUUAUAUAACACAAGGGAAAGCUUUAUUUGAGAUAAAACAAAGUACUGAACAAUUCAGGAGACAAAACAUAUCUAUGUGUAAUAAUUAACUUAUGAGUGGUAAUGCAGAACAUGUUGUAGUAGUAGUAGUAAUAUGAAUAAUACUAAGAAGCUACAGAAAAUGGGAACCAGGCACCUAAGCUGACACAAAAAUCAGAAGGAACUGAUCAUUUCCUCACUCAGCCCAGAAUAUAUAAUGCUUUUAUUUACUUCAUCCAUUGAUAACUUUUUUCUUUUUUUUUUUUGCUUUCCCCAUAGAUGAAGAGUCUGACUACCAAUCUGACAUGGAAUGGGACAGUGAUGACAAAGAUGAGGUGGAUGGGGGAGACAUUCAGUCACACAGGAAGCUGAAGAUUGACAUUCAGGGUGAAGGCAGCACAUCGACCUCAAACAGGGCUCAUGGCAGCCAAGACAGUGAGGAUGACGAGCAGAAGAAAAUUCAUGAAGGUGCCAGCGCCCUGUUGAAUUUGGCCGGUCUCUACCGCAGCAACAGCAGCACCAGCAAUAGUCCUGACUGCCUAAAGGAGAGAAAGAAAAAGGAGAGGCUUGGUGAAAAGUCAAAGAAAUCUAAUAAAGUUGUGAAAGCGUCUAAGAAAGGAAAAGACAAAAAGCAAGUUUUCAGUCCAAAAGCAGAAGGUGAAGGCUCAAGGAAGAGAAGUGUUAGCAAGAGGAAAAAUGCUGGAAGCAAUGGAAAGUAUGACAAUGAAGAUUAUUCAUUAAUUAAAAUCAACAGAACACCUACGAAAGGAAGGCCACCCAACCCAGAUAAAGCUGCUAAAUCCAAGCUUGUGAAAUCCUCAGCUUCCCACAAGGAUCCCGCUAAGGUUGCAGGUUUGAAGACAAAAGCUAAAACUUCAGUCAAAGCAGCGUCUAAGGCCGCCAAGAAAAGCAUGGAGAAAAAGAAAUUAAAACUGUCAAAAACCUUUGGCUCAUCCAAAAAACAAGCUGCUGACCUAUCAGUAAACAAAGGGGAGGAUCUGCCUGCUGGUGGGAAAAGCAUGAAAAGUAAUAAAACCAAGAAACUGCUUUCCAAGAAAGAAGGGUCACAAACUGCCGCUGGUACUCUGAGAAAGAGUAAAGCACUCAUUGAUGGCAUGAAGAGCAAAACGUAUAACCCUGCAUCAGCCAUUAACCAACAAGUUUUAUCUGCUGACCAUGGCAGCACACAAGUUCAGAUUUUAAACAACAAUCAUGUUAAAGUUGCUAAUGUAUCAAUGAAGACCAGUGAUGAUAUAUUAGGAAACGAUAAGCAGCUUUCAGCACAUCAAACUGAUUCACCCAAGGAUGAUGUUUGUUGUCAGUCUCCAAGCAAUAAAGGACAAGUACUGACCAAUGCAAAUGGUGGAAUAAUUUCCCCUGCUGGUGAUGCCCCCGCUACUCUUUUGGCGGAGGCUAAGGGUUCAGAGGCGAAGCUUGCAGUUUUAAAACCACCACGAUCAGUGGAACUGGGCACCAGCAGCAUUAGGCUUGAAACCUCUGACAAUCUUAAUCAGGUUUCCAGCAUAAAAAAUGGCUUGAACAACAAGAACAGCCCUCCUGACCUUGUGUCAGGCCUGGGGAUGUCACACAGGAGUCCACAUUUCACAAGGUUUUCAAAGAAAAAAGCUGCUCUGUCUUAGCAUAAAAUAGGUUGUAAUACAUGUGUUUGUAGUGUUAUUGUUUCAUGUAAUUUUUUGUGUUUUUGUUAAAACGGUGAUAAUCUACUGUAAUUCAUUAACCAUUUACUGGAUUUACUGACCAAAUGUAGUGAGGUUAUUCUAAGCUUUGUUUAGGGGCAGAAGAACACAUACCCAGGUGGCUCCUGGAACUAGAUGGUGAUGAAGUGUGGUUAUUUAUUUACUGCAAAGUGUGUGCCAGAUAUAUGUGUCAAACUCACAUUGGAUGUUACAUUAAUAUAUAUUCAAAAUUACUGCUUUUAGGUAUGUGCAUCUAAGGAAAGUAUGGCUUGCCUUUAAGUUAAGUGAUCAUAGCAGGUUACAAACAACUUAUUAAAAUAUGUUUAAGUUGUUAAAUGAUCCUCACAUUAGAAACUAAGACAGUCAUUUUAUGCAUAGGGCUUGAGGUUAGACAGCAAACAAAAUUGGUGUAUAUUUUAACCAUUUUCCAGACCUACUUAAUUUCUUACUUUUGUGUAUAAUUUUCCCUUUAAUCUCUGUUUUUUCAUAUGCUAUUCCACUGCUCUUUAAAUUACUAGAUUUCCAGCUAGUAUGCAAUUUUUAAAGGGGGGGCACCCUCCACUAAGUUAUAGGGAUUAAUCCAGGUUCUAUGCAAUGAGUUGGGUUUUUUUUUCAGCCAGUUUAAGUAUUGAUUUAGUGCUGAGACACAAUUUAUUACAAUAAAAGUAAACUUGUUUAGACAAAAUUUAAACUGUUAUGUCCUUUGACUGUUAAUUCAUUGAGAUAAAAUAAAAUGACAUUUAUACUAAAUUGCUGAAUACAUUCUGUGGAAAUUAAAUUUUUGUGAAUCUUUUCACUAUAUUUUUGUUCAUCCUGGAAUAAUGCCUCUGUAAAGACUAGUGGUAGCAUUUAGGUAAUCCGUUCAUGAGUGAUCACAAGGAGUUAAGAUAGUGGCAUCUAUUGUGUUUUUUAUUAAGAGCCCUUUGGUUAAAAAAAAAAAUUCUUUGGUUCCACUGACAAGCUCCACAAUUCGUUUGACCUGUCCUGAUGUCUCAAACCGUCUUGGUCAAUUUUCUCUGUGACUGGCUUUCCCUUGCUUGCAUCUGAACUAUCACAUCUGUAAAUGUAUCAUUGUUGUUAUGCUUUCAGCUAGUUCAUUUUAAGGCAUAUCUUGAAAAGUGAUCACAUCGUUCUAAGCACAUAACUGCUAUGGAAAUCAAAAGACAUUGCUUUGACGGGAGUCAGAUAACAUUUCUGUCAUUUCAAAACAGGAAUUAACUGCGGUGUUGUGCUUUCAUUUAUAUUCAGAACAGUGGAAUUAUGUGCAGGAGACACAUUAUCUUAUUUCCAAUACUUAGACCUAAAUGUACAGCCAAGGAAAAGAUUGAACUGGCAGUGACCUGUGAAACAACUUUAGUGAGAGUCCAGUUGUGCAUGGUAUACUCAAGAUAACUGUAGUGAGAGUCCAGUUGUGCAUGGUAUACUCAAGACCUGGACCCAAUCAGAGCAUCAUGAAAUGUUCCCCCAUACCAACUGAAGCAUUUAUUUUCCGCAAACCUCUAAAAUCAUGUGUUGCUUGUUAAAUUACUUUAGAUUUUUAUCUGAUAGUAUUACAUGAAAUGGUGCCUUAACACACUUUAUUAUAAUCGUUAUUGACUCGUCUGUUGUAGGUUAAUGCAGGUUGACGGCAACAUGUUUGUAAUUAAUGUCUUAAAUUUUGUUAAAUAAAAAUGAAUUGCUUUAAGUAAAAUAUUCUUGUACAUACUUACAUAUAUUUUGCAAUGAUUUGUGCUACACAAGGGGACAAGACAGCUUUCUUUGGCAAUUCAUAAAUAUCAUUCAUAAUUUAUUUUAUCAAAAUAUUCAUGCAUUAUAAGCAGUGCACAAAAGGUAAAUUCUUGAUAGGGAAAUGAAAUUCUUGAGUUUCGAAAUUAUGUUUAUGCUUGAUUAAAGAUUUACAAUCUAUUUUGUAUGGCUUUUAAAAAAAACAAACAACUUGAUGUCAUUAUGUUUUGACUUAUAUGCUUUAAGGAAGUUGGCUAGUUCAUACUGCACUGAGAACUGCAUUUUUCAUGCUGUGUUUUUUUUUAUUGUUUUAAUGGUCAAUGGCAAUAUCAGUUAUAUAUUUUAAAAUUAACCCAGUCAUAGCAGCUAAUAAUAUACUGUUACGUUAUUAUAUAUUUUUUUCAAUUCUUCCUGUUUUCUUUAAUAUUGCUGUCUUGAUUUGUUGUUGCUACAAAAUGGCUUUUGUCUGAUAAACCUUAGGUUAGUGUACAUAUAUUUGACCAUAGGUUGCUAUUAAUACUGUAAAAGCUUUAAUUAUGUUAUUCCUGGGCCGUAAGGUGUUCACAUAUUAUGUAGUCAAGAUGAUAAUAUAUUGUUGUAGAGAGUCAGAAAUUUAGAGAAUAAUCAAAAGAAUAUGAUUUUAAUGAUGUCUGGAACUGCAAUUUCGAUAUUUCCAUAUGAAAAUGUUCAUACAUUUUAUCACUGGAAGUCUUACAACAUGACAAAUGAGAGAUUUUUCAGUGGGUAAUUAUAUUAGUAUCCGCAAAUUAACUACAUAAGUAAUUUAAUGGUUAUCUUAGAAUAUUUUAUUAACAUUCUGUGGGUCUAUAAAUUAAUUUAAAUUAUCAGAGUUUUGUGUAAAUAUUUAUUAUUAUAAAUUUAUGAAAAGUAUAGGACUGAUGAGUUAGUACAUUCUCUUACAGCUCAGUAUGUUGUUGAAAGUACACACACAUUUAAUGUUAACCUGGAAGUUGGAAACUUAAUUCAAUGCUCUAAAAAUACUCAAGAAACAUCAAUUAUAUUUUUAAAAAUUCUGAGGCUUACCUUGUUAAUAUGCUCUGUGAGUCUUGAUUGCAAU